AUGACGACCGAGCAACACGAGAACAGUGACUUUCGGAUGCGAUCGCGCAGAACGAAGAGCGUCACGAGGGCGGAGGAGAUUAAGAAGGCGGAACAAAUGGUCCGCAGAUCGCAGCCGGACAAACCAUGUCAUCGUCCGAGAGAUAGCCUCUUUUCGUGGAGCUCCGGCUUCGAUAAUUUCACAGGAUUCGUCAACUGGGGCUUCCUACUGCUAGGUAUUGGUGGUAUCCGGUUACUUCUGGAAAAUUUUAUAAAAUAUGGAAUCAGAGUGGAUCCGCGGCAAUGGUUCAUGUUCCUCAGCGGUAAGAGCGAUGGUGGCGAAGAAUACCCCUCAUUGUUACUGAUAUGCUAUUCUACCGUGCCGGUGGGCCUUUGUCUGCUGAUCGAAAAAGGACUGUCUGUGGAUAUCAUAGCUCACAGUCCGGGAAUGGUGUUCCACGUCAUAAACCUGGUCGUGAUGGUACUGAUGCCGAUGGUGGUCAUCCACGUGAAGGAUUCCGGAUUCAGCUUGGUUGGUGCGAUGUACGUGUGCAUGCUGUACGCCAUACUCUUCCUGAAAUUAUGGUCGUAUGUACAAGUGAACAUGUGGUGCCGCAACCGACAAAAGACGCACACGCAGGGCAGAAUAAGACGUCAGUUGUCUUAUAAUAAUCUUCAGUCUUCCAGCGUUAAACAGAAUACAAGCGAUACCAACAACCUCGAGCACGAAAUAAGUGACCGUGGAAGCGCAUUGGUACAGUAUCCUGACAAUCUAAACUUCGCGGAUCUUUAUUACUACAUAUUGGCACCUACUCUGUGCUAUGAAUUGAACUUUCCCAGAACGCAGCGGAUUCGAAAGAGGUUUCUUAUAAAACGAAUAUUGGAAGUCGUCGUAGGAUGCCAAGUGGUGAUGUCACUUUUCCAACAAUGGAUGAUACCAUCUGUAAAGAAUUCUUUAAUACCCUUCAGCAAUAUGGACGUAGCCAAGGCCUCUGAACGUCUUCUCAAGCUGGCGAUACCAAAUCAUUUAGUUUGGCUUUGUUUCUUCUAUUUAAUAUUCCACUCUUUCUUAAACUUGAUGGGCGAGUUGCUACAUUUUGCGGAUCGGAAUUUCUAUUGUGAUUGGUGGAACGCAAACAACAUUGACAUAUUCUGGAGAACUUGGAACAUGCCAGUGCAUCGAUGGGCUGUACGGCAUCUUUAUAUUCCGAUUAUAGAAAUGGGCUAUGGUAAAAAUACGGCAUCGAUAACCGUUUUUUUCAUCAGUGCUUUCUUCCAUGAGUAUCUUGUCAGCGUACCUCUAAGAACGUUCAAGAUAUGGGCGUUUAUGGGCAUGAUGGGGCAGAUACCACUGUCGGUGUUGAGCAAGAUGGCGGAGCGAUACGGCGGCGCCAGAUGGGGCAACAUUGUCGUAUGGGCGAGUCUCAUCAUCGGGCAGCCACUUUGUAUAAUGAUGUAUUACCACGAUUACGUUGUAACUCAUUUCGGCAAGACUCUGAUCGAAGACUAUUCCGUGGUGUAAGGGUGGUAAAAGGAUGAAAGCGCGGCAGUGACGAAGAAACCCGCGAUUGAUCUUAUUGCUUCCUCCCCCCACCUUCAUCGAUCGCGGGUUUUCGUAGCUCCCCGCUUGCGUUUCAAGCGUGAAUAGGUUUCCCAAUUCAUCGCUUCGUUAAUUGUUGUGCGAUGAUUUACAUUACGUUGGAAAAUUUGAUAAUAUAAAUGUGCCUUUGCAUCACGUGCGUCGCGUACGAAAUCGAGAUUACUCCGGACUCGUUUGCAGAUACACAUGUAUACCACGCGCGCGCGUUCCGUGAAAAUGGUCCUAAUUGUUAAUACAUAUACAUUAUUAUCCGUGCGCUAAUAUCAGGCGUGCAGUGAAAUUUAACACUUAAUUUUUGUACAACUUCUUAUUCGUGCUUCCGCCACAAAGGCAGGACUGUUGUUCAAUAAAUGAGAUAUUUUGUAUGAA